ACCCGUUCGACGCGAGCUUGACCCAACUACGACCUCGACGCUGACAACACUGGACUAUCCUUCAUCUUUUCCACAAAACUGGUACGCCUACCACGAAGCUCGCAAUACAGUCGACUUUAAUUUCGGCCUACAACUCUCGCGAUGCCUCAAGCACAGCCGGAGCUGAAGAAGUACCUAGAGAAGCGCAUUCUUGUGCAGCUCAAUGGAAGUCGAAAAGUCAUCGGUAUUCUGCGAGGAUACGACGUCUACCUGAACAUUGUGCUCGACGAAGCCCUGGAAGAGAAGCCGAGUGGUGAUAGGGUGCGAAUCGGUAUGGUUGUCAUUCGAGGAAAUGCUGUGGUCAUGCUCGAGGCUCUCGACCGUAUCAACACCGACGACCACCACAAGGGGGGAAGAUGAGACGUCACGAAGGACAGGUACAUUGUUGUACCUUUUGGGGGGAUUAUCUCGGCUACAGAAAAGAGUGGUAACUGGCGUUCC